UGGCUGCACAAAACAUGGUGCAAGCUGCCCACUAUAGGCUUUUCAAGGGUAUACGACAUGCUGAACUUCAGCCUUUGGACUCCAACGGCCAGCCGAUAUGGUCCUAGCGACUCAAUCAUCAGCGGGUUUAACUGUUUUUAUAUGACGUAUCGGUAUUAAGCUAAUCAUGCAUUUUUAUUUUAUUUGGGAACAUAAGGACACCCUGACUCACGACGGCUGGGCAUCAAGAGCCAUGGAUACCGGAAGGCCCUAUGGGCACCCGAAGAUAUUACCGCAACAACAUAGACAAGUCGAAGAAACACCCAUGUUGACACACCAAGACAGCGUUUUCGAAAAGGAGAUCAAGCAGCGGGCAGCGACAGCAUUGCAUGACCAUUCAGUGUUACUUCUUCAUGCCUUGACCAUGAACGAGACGCCUGCCAAGGCACGCUUGCGGAUGUAUCGACAUCUAACAGGACAACCCCAGCCUCCACACGACUACGCCCCAGCAAAGCGGAAGCACAAAGAAGCUGAAAGCAGCGUAUUUUCAUCUACAUCGAAUAACCCCGGCACAUCCAACUAUUCAGGAUCAUCCAGGGCUACUGGACCGUCCAGCACAUCAUCGCUAUCGAUAUCAGCACAGGGGCAGGCAGGAUCACGAAGAGCUCGAGACAUCAUCCCUGUCGAUGAGGAGUUUGCGCAUACUUAUUUUCAGGGACCACUAUCGUCAUAACUCUAUGCCUUGACUUUCUCAAUCACGACGACCUCCAGAAUACGACUUUCAAAUAUGACUCUGUAGCCACAACAUAUGUAUACAUAUUCCGUUACAUUCAUCUGUAAAUAAAGCUUAUAAACGGAUCCCUUAC